AUGUUCGUUGAAUUCCUCCUUUGCCUCCUCACAUGGUGUUACGUUCAUCGCUGCAAAGGUCUACAAAUCAGUAAAUAUAAAAAUCAAAGUUCCUUUUUAAACAAUUUGCAAGCAGCUAAUAUCGCGCGUGGUUAUCAUGUCUACCAUUUGAGGAAGGCAACAUUCGGGGGCAGUGCCCCAUUGCGUGUUGGGAGUGGGAGGCGGGGUCAGGCGCUGCUAGGUGGGCGCAGCGAGAGAGCCCAGCAUUGGCAUGAAGAUGACGAUGAUCACGACGACGAAGACGUCGACGAGGUAGAUGAAGAAGAUGAAGGAGAUGAAGGAGAAGAUGAUGAGGACGACGUAACCCGCGGGGAGCGCCUUGCGGCGUACGAGAAACUCCUGAACGCAGAGGGAGACGAAGAGGACCGGAUGCUGUCCCCGAAAUACAACAUGAACAUUUACAACAUCCUGGAGAAGCACUACGAGCAGAAGGAAGAAAAUAAAGUGAUCCUAACGGUCCAAAAUUUGAACUACGAAAUUGGUAGCAAGAAACUUAUGACCAAUUUGAAUUUUCAGGUGAACAAGUCGGAGUGUGUCGGACUUAUAGGCAACAAUGGUUGUGGAAAGACGUCCCUCUUAAACCUAAUUUUCGACCAUUCAGAUAACAGCAACAAAAGUAUAAUAAUAAAUAACAAAGUUGCCAAUGAAGGGGUGACAAAUUUUACCCUAACUGAGGAGAACAUGCACGCCAUGGUGAAGAAAAAUAAAUUCGACUUUCUGUAUAAAAUUUUACACCACAUGAAAAUGAAUUCUCUCCAACUGUCCCAACUUCCAUCGAUUAUAAAAAAUAGAGAUGUCUCCUAUUUUGAAAAGAUUAAUAAAAAAAAAAGUGGCAACAACAAUGAUCUUUUUUUUAAAAACGGAAUUUUUUAUUUCAAGCAGAAUAUUCACCUUUUGGAAAAGAACAAUUUGACGGUGUUUGAAAAAGUACUGAAAUUUUAUCAACCCGUUUUAGACAAAUAUGAGGUGUUAAAUUAUAUCGAAGGGCAGAUCAGUUUGUACAAAAAUUUGGACGCCGUCGAAAAGUCCAGUCGGUGUGUAACUGAGAAGGAUAGUGAGAAAUACCCUCAGGGUGAUAGCCCAAAUGGGAAAAACGUCCCUCUAAGGCGGGGAAGUUACAUCACGAAAAAACAUGCUAACAAUGUCGAAUGCGUAGAAACAGAACCGGGUGGAGAACCAACCAACGAGCAGGCACAACCAUUCGGAGAAUCCUUCGCCAAAUCGAAACUCUUCCAAAUGGUGCUCAAACUGUACAUGCACGAAAAGGAACAUGUAUUCAAAGAGAUAAACCAAGUAAAAAUGAAUUUCCAUAAGUACCUGAACAUUUUAAAUUUAAAAAAUUUGCUCCAUGUGAAGCUAAGCAAUUUAAGCAACGGCUACAUUAUCCGAGUGUACCUCCUGCUUCUCCUGCUCAGUAAUGCCAAACUGCUGCUAAUAGAUGAAAUAAAUAACAACCUGGACAUUUUUAACAUUUUCUUCGUUAUGAACAUUUUUCACUAUUCCCUCAAGUAUAAAGAAAUAGGUAUCGUUUUGGCUAGCCAUGAUUUCUUCCUAGUGAGUAAAUUAUGCAAUCGAAUUUUAGAUUUUAACAAAAUUUAUGGACACGACAUCGACUUUAACAAUAUGGCAUUAUUGAAAAAGAUAUGCAGAAGUGGACACCAAGCUAUGCACUCUGAUGUUGCGCAAGAAUUACAAAGGAAAAACGAACACAAUUCGAAUAUUACCUUUUUUAAAGGAAAUUACACGCAAUACUUACACAGUAUGAAGAUACUCUUUGACAACAGGAGGAAAAAAAAGGAGGAAUUGAAAAAAAUUAUCGAUCAACUAAGUGCUGCCAUAAAUCAAUACAUGUACUAUAAUUUGAUAUACAGCAGGAAGAGUGAGAAGGGGAACGCGAAGGGGGUCCCCAGUGAGGGCGAUAUACAGGAGGGAAGAGAAAAUAUUAACCGCGUGGGAAGUGGCACUACUGAGGGGAAUUCAAAUGGUGAUGAGAUGGAAGAGAAAGCCGCUCAGCAUACCCAUGGCAACAACGAUGAGCAGACGGAACAACAGGAAGAAGGCGUGGAAUCCUUCGUGUACAACAAAAUGAAAGACGUAGAGGGUAACAUGAACAAGAACAUCCUCAUCGACAUGAGUAAAAAAAUAAAAAACAACGAGCUGAUAGAAACCGGUGAGAGGUACGCAAAGAACAACGUCUCUCUCUACGAAUUCGACAAUUUCUCCUUCUACUUUUGGAAUAAAAAAAAGAGAAAAAAAAAAUACAUUUUUAAGAACAUGAAUCUGAGCAUAAACAGCGGAGAAAAUGUUCUCCUGUUAGGGAAAAAUGGAAUUGGAAAAUCCACCUUUUUUAAGAUACUAACAAAUAGGUACAAAUUUCAGAUGCGGAUGGAAGGAGGUAGACAUAGAAGAAGCGCAUAUGCGUACGGAGAUAGCGAGGAUGAAGAGGAACAUCAAGACGGAGGUGUCUACCUGAAUGGUGGAGAUCCAAGCAAUGCAAAUCCAACAAAAGACAAAAUGGCAAAUUUUGAAGGCAACAUACACUGCAACUUCGACAACGUUUUACUAACCUACUUUGAGCAAAAUAUGAUUAAAAAAUUACACCUAGAAAUUAACGAAUAUUUUAGGUACCUAAUUGAGAAGGUGAAUUACGAACCAGUUCACUUCGACGACGGGUUGGACGUGGACCGCGUAGACGAUAUCACUACGGAAAAUUAUGACGGGGGCGACUUCGACAAUGACAUCCCUAUGCAUGCCUCCAAGGAGCACUUCUUUUUCUACGUACUGAACAAAACCAAGCCCUUUUGCAACGAACAGGAUGUGACCAACCUUGAGGAGAAAAUAAAAGCGCUGCUGAAAAUAUUCUACAUUGAUAGCUCCACAUGCAUGAAAGAUAAAAGUGGAGGGGAAAAAGUACGAAUACUAUUCCUUUCGCUAUUUUUAAAAAAAUCAAAUUUGCUUCUCCUAGACGAAAUAAAUAACAAUUUAGAUAUUUACUUAAAAAAUCUUCUGUUAAAUUUUUUAAAUUAUAUUUAUCAAGGAAGUUACAUUUUGACAACACACGAUUUUUACAUGAUCAAAAAUUUGACUAACGUCCACAAAGUUAUUUACAUUUUUGAUUACCAGAAUGUUUUUACCUUUUACAAUGUGCAGGAUUUUAUACAGAAUUUUUACCACUUCAUUUUGCAUUCGUUUGAUACGCUCCACAUGGAUAGCACGCGCGAGGGCAAAGCAAUCAAUGUGGCUAACCAAUCAGAGGAAGAUAAUCCAAAUCGAGAAAAUUAUGACCAAAUACUGUACGAUAAUUACGACUAUAAAAUUUUGCAAUUUUUAAAAACGCAAUAUGCAAAGGAUAGAAAUGAAAGAAAAAAUAUUGAACAAAUAACUGAUGAGGAGGAGGACGACAUUUUCGAAAAAAAAAAAGUCAAUAGGAAAAAUUUUGGAGGCAAAGGCUCUUCCGGGAAAAUAAAAAUAAAGAAUUGGAAGCGCUGGAAAAAGUGA